AUGCCGUCGACGGAGUCUCUGGAAUCCAGGGCAACCCGUCCGCUCCGCCACGGAAGCACCGCAGCCACGCCGGGGCCGGGGCUGGGGGUGACGACCCGGUCGAGGGCGCGCGCGCAGCAGGAAUCCCAAUCCCAAUAUGCCGCAAGGGCCAAGCUCCGCGAGGCGGAUGGGUGCAAGAAGAGGGCCAAGCUUGAUGGGACCAGCCAGCCGGAGAGCUCCAAGAAAGGGAAACCGUCCUCGACUACAGCCAAGAUAGUCAAAGUUCGGGUUGGGGGGACGAGGAUGAUGAUGGCUCUUCCUCUGCGUUCAGCUCUCCAAUUCGCGUGCCCGUGCCUGAAGAUUACAUGCCUUCAAACGGCGACAAUGGAGUUGCCCACGCUUUUUGAAGAUAUGCCUCCAAGUUGUCUGGUUGAUGAUCCAACGCUUCUUCACAUCCGUGAACCUGCAAGGAAGACGGUGCUUCGUGCUGCUCAAUUCGUUGUUGGGGUUUCAUCCUCGAUAGAUGGUGAGCCGCUAGCGCGGUGCUCUGGUUUCUGGAUUGAUUUUGAUAAUGAGAACAAAACCGGUACUGUUGUGACGACUGCACUUGUGAUUCGCACAAGGCACACAUCCAAAGGUGCUUGGCAUUGCAAAGAUCAGUAUGCUUGUGAUGCUAAGGUUUAUGUUGACUUGCGGGGUUACAAGGGUUACAUCAUGGCAGAGGGCCGCCUGCUCUACUACCAGAAGCACUAUAAUCUUGCUUUCUUCAGGGUGAGAGUGGAUUCAUCUGUUCAGUUACCCUCUUUUAGUGAUAAAGUGAAAAGUGCUCAAGACAUUUUUGAGCUUGGAAGAGAUGACUGUUUCAAUCUACUCAUAAAUCAUGGUAGAGUGGAAUAUUCAAAUCCAUCCAGGGAUGAGCGGUAUCACCACAUGUACAUUCAAGGUCCACAACGAGAUUGUAUGCAUGAUCUAGGAGGUCCUGUUAUUGACUUAGAUGGGAAGGUUGUGGGAAUGAUCGGCAGUUGUUCAGGAGGGCACAUACCUCGACCCCACCUUAGAUUGAAAUUUAAUGCCAUCAGCCUUUUAAACCCUGCUCAUGUUGAGCAUAUAUUGGUCGAGUGUGAGAUUGAUGAAGGUCUUAUUGUUACGGAGGUGUGUGAGGACUCUCCUGCCGAAAAAUGUGGAAUUCGAAACGGGGAUGUUAUUGAAUGUCUCAAUGGAAAACGCGUUUCUACUACUGUGGAGUUGGAAAACAUGUUGCUGAGCAUAAUGGAGAACAUUGGAGAUAACAUUAAUUCUGAUCUGGAUUUGGAGAUUCAGGUAUACUUCACGCGUACAGAACUUCGGAGAAUCAAAGUACUAACGGUGAAUGUAUCUGAAGACGGUGAAUAUUGUGAACCAUAUUAUGCAACACGUAUGCAUUUUGUCUCAGCCAAGUCUUAUUUAAAGAUGACCUAUAUUGUAUGUUCCAUGUUUCAAGUACAUCUUUGUCAUUAA